UUAUAUAUUAAUAAUCUAUAUGUUAAGACAAAUCAAACAAGAUUACACAUGAGUAUAUUUAGGCUUACACAUUGAGAGAAUUUGAUGAGUCAAAGUGCUUAGAUGAACAGUUUCAAAAGUCAAAAGUGGACGAAUAUGGCGGGACGGAGGGAGUAUUUUUUAUUUUUAAUCGAUAUACUAAUUUUAAAUAAAAUAAUUUUAAAAAAUGAGAAAUUUUGACUCGUAAAUCCUAAUUUGUAAUCAAAUUUGAGACAGGAGUAAAUAGUAGAAAAAUUUACCUAAAUAGGACUAAAACAUAAUGACUUUCCCAAUAUAGGACAAUAUGUUUUUAUUUCCUAAUGUAGGACUUUUGGUCAUUAUCAAGUAGUCAUUAUUCAAGUAAAUGUCCAUCAUUACUGGACAUUAUUUCUCCCACUAAGUCAUUAUUAAGUCCUAUUUAGGGAAUAAAAAAGUUUAAGUCCUACAUUGGGAAAGUCAUUAUGUUUUAGUCCUACUUAGUGCAAAUUUUACUAAAUAGUAUUUAUAAAUACACACAAAUUUCAUUAAAAUUUAAAAGUUCUAAAAAAACAUGGUCUAAUAAAACUACUCCGUAUUUUAUUUCAUGAAAUAGCUAGGGAGUAAUUUUUUCAACAUUGUUACGGAGUAUUUUAGGAGUAUUCAAUUUGUGUCCAGUUUGAUCAGAUCAAACUGACAAACUAUACCAUGAGAAAGAGUAUGCGUAAAUGACAUGCCGAAUCCGAAGCUGCGGAGAUUUCCGAACUUUAAAGCGAACACACGCUCGGUUGAUCAUCAACGGCUUCAACUCCGACCGCCACGCUCUCCGACAACUCGUUUACGUCUCUGCGGUGGUUCUCUCGACGGCGAUUCACUAUGCCCACAAACUGUUCGACGAAAUUCUUCAACCAGACCUCUUCAUGUGGAACACGAUGCUCAGAGGCUCUGCCCAGAGCCCCAGACCGUCUCUCGCCGUAUCAUUGUACGCAAAGAUGGAGAAACUCCACGUGUGCCCGGAUAACUAUACCUUUCCGUUCUUGCUCAAGGCCUGCACAAGGCUUUCUUGGGUGAAAACAGGGUUUGUAACUCAUGGAAAGAUUGUAAAACAUGGGUUUGAAUCCAACAAGCAUGCUAGGAAUUCCCUCAUACAUUUCCAUUCCAAUUGCGGGGACAUAAAGAUUGCAAGUUGGCUCUUUUACUGUUUUGCGGUGAGGGACGUAGUUGCUUGGUCUGCUCUGACAGCAGGCUAUGCCCAGAGAGGGGAGUUGGAAGUUGCGAGGAAACUGUUCGAUGAAAUGCCAAUGAAGGACUUGGUGUCUUGGAAUGUGAUGAUAACUGGAUAUGUGAAACAGGGGAAGAUGGAUAGUGCAAGAGAGCUCUUUAAUAUGGUUCCAACAAAGGAUGUCGUGACAUGGAACACACUGAUCUCCGGCUAUGUUCAUUCCGGCGAGUACAAACAGGCGCUGGAGAUGUACGAGGAAAUGAGGAAGACAGGGGAACAACCUGAUGAGGCAACCAUGUUAAGCCUUUUGUCAGCCUGCACGGACUCAAAUUCUCUGGAUGUUGGUAAAAAGAUUCAUUUCACAAUCACAAAGAUAAUCGGGACAGAUGAAUUAGGUGUCUUUCUUGGAAAUGCACUCGUAGACAUGUAUGCCAGAUGUGGGAGCAUCAAGAACUCACUUGAAGUGUUCCAAAGCAUGGGAGAAAAGGACGUUUCGACUUGGAAUCUCAUCAUCAGAGGGCUAGCUAUCAAUGGUCACCCUAAAGAUUCAAUCUUUCUCUUUGAGAAGAUGAGGAGAAUGAAGCUGGCGCCAGAUGAAGUCACUUUCAUUGGAGUACUAGUAGCUUGCAGUCAUUCUGGAAAAGUGAACGAAGGGCACGAGUACUUCAAAAUGAUGAGAGUUGAGUACGGUAUUGAGCCGAACAUCAAACACUACGGAUGCAUGGUUGACAUGCUGGCCCGUGCUGGGAUGCUGGGCGAAGCCUUUGAGUUCAUAGGUGGAAUGGAGAUUGAGCCGAAUGCCAUCAUUUGGAGGACUGUGUUAGGGGCUUGUAAGGUUCAUGGUCAAGUUGAGCUAGGGAGGGCUGCAAAUGCGCAGCUGAGAAAGUUAGGAGCAGGGGAGAGCGGCGAUUAUGUGUUGCUCUCUAACAUAUAUGCCUCACGGGGCGAGUGGAGUGGCGCUGAAAGCCUGAGGAAGGAGAUGGAUGUUAGUAGAGUCUGGAAACAGCCUGGUUCUAGUCUCAUUGAAGCAGAUGAGAAAGCUUUCUUUAACUUCUUGUUUGCUUGAUUUAUUCAGAAUCUAAAACAAUGUAAACGGGGAUAUCACCUAAAACCCUAGGUCUACCGCUGCAAGUCCGUCUCUCGAUCCGCCGGUCGCCUGCGCCAGUUGUCCUCGCCGGAACGCCAGCAGUCCCUCGCCGGUGAACCGCCUCACGUCCGUCCGUCAUAGAUUGUCGUCGGCGUUCGUCCAUCGUCAGCCAGCCCGUCCAGCAGCUGACCUCCUUCCGUCUAUAAUAGUCCGCCUCUCGUUCAACCGAAUCGAGAGCAUCCCCGUCCGCUGCCGCCAUCCGAUUGCAGAGCAUCGCCGUCGCUGACCGUCUAGAUCCGAUCUUGGAGCUCCGCCGGUUUUUGAUCCCCCGCCGGCCGAAUUCCGUGUUCCUCAAUCAAUUCGGUGGUCUCGUCUAUUCAGAUCGCCGGCCAAAUUCAGUCGCCCAAGCCUCUUCGCCGGUUCUUCAUUGUCUGCUGGUGUCACCUCUUCUGUCCGCCGAUUCACCAUUCCCAAAAAUUUCCAUCUGCUUGUACUUGGAGGUAAUUGUAUUUGAAGAAAAAGUGGGCAGGCAUAUAGAGUUGGGCUGUAAAUUUGGUUAAGCACCCGUCGUCCACAAAGUAGCCUUAAGCCAUAUCCAAUCACACGUCUUCACAGUGUUGGAUAGAGUUUUAUUUGGUGUCAAACAUCAUCAUCAUCAAAUUGAUAUAACAAUAUGACCUCUACCUCGUGUGAAUGGUUGAUUGAUAGUGGUGCUUCUCAUCAUAUGACGGGUACUCUGUCUCACAUGUUCAAUAUUGAGGAUGUGUUAUCUCAUCCUAUUUGUCUUCCGGAUGGCUCCUGGAUUCAGGCUACUAAAAAGGGAAGUGUCCGUGUGACCCCUAGUUUGGUUCUUCAUCAUGUGUUUUACGUUCCCACGUUGCAUUGUCAUUUG